AUGAUGGUCCGAAGGAACGGCCGCUACACGGUCAGCUUCCGCGGUUUCCGCGACUUUUCUUUCGGGAACAAACCACCCGACGACGAAAAACAAGAAGGAAAACCCGAAGAAGAUCUAUCGAACCACGAUGUCAUAUUUCUAAAAAGCAUUAUGGAAAGCCCAGAUUUUGGAAGAAAAUAUGUAAACAAAAAACAUAUUCAAAAUCAUAUUUGUAACACCUUUUUUUCCGUGGAUUCAGAGGAGGAUUUGGUCAUAAAACCCGUCUCCUUGGAUAACGUAAACAUAAUACGGUCGUUGAGCGAGUAUCGAGGCAAUAAUAUUCGAACUAUUGAACAAGCAGAACUUGCUAUAUUACUAUCCCGAGUUCACUUUAAGGCCCUUAUAGAUGCCCAUGAUCAAAUUGGAGCAAUUUGGCUGGAGAGAGGCUCUGGUGUAGAUGUAAAAGCUGAUCCAAAGGAAGGCAGUGAGGACUUAGCAAAGAGUUCUGGAAAAACUCUCGAUCUCGAUCUAAACGGAGACAUGCCUGUAGAGACCAUUAAAGUAGUUGGACUCAGAAAAAUACCAGGGCAACCUUUGGGAUUAACUAUUACUACAGAUGAGCAUGGGCAGCUUAUUGUUGCUCGGAUAUUAGCUGGAAGUGCAGCAGCAAAGCAAGCUCUGGUAUCAGUUGGUGAUGUUCUCUUAGAGGUUGAUGGAGUGCAGAUUGAUUCUGAAGAUCAACUUAAGGCGGCUGUCUCAAAACCCAAUGACAGAGUUACCCUGAAAGUUGGACCAAAUUUAAAAGAAAAAAGUACACAGCUUACCAACAAACUUAGUUGCUAUAUGAGAGCUCUCUUUGAUUAUGAUCCAAAAGAAGAUACCCUUCUUCCUUGUAAGGAAAUUGGAUUGCCAUUCAAGAAGGGAGAUAUUUUACAGGUUUCAGAUAGAAAAGAUCCUAAUUGGUGGCAAGCAAGUCAUGUUGAAAAUACAGAUGUUGUAGGUCUCAUACCUUCACCUGAGCUAGAAGAGAGAAGAAAGGCUUAUGUACCUCCUGAAGCUGAUUUUGUACACAAAAUAAGCAUCUGUGGUGCGAGGAUAUCGAAGAAGAAAAAGAAGUUUGUAUACGAGUCCCGGUCAAGCGUGCAGCUGGAGGGCGCGGAGCUGGCGCUUUACGAGGAGGUGGCGCGCACGCCGCCCUUCCUGCGCCGCAUCCUGGCGUUGGUGGGCACCAAGGGCGUCGGUCGGCGCAGCCUCAAGAACCGCAUGAUACAGGAGCACCCGGAUAGAUUCGGCGUGGUGGUGCCACACACAUCACGGCCCCCAAGACCUUUGGAGGAGAAUGGUCUCUCUUAUUGGUUCGUAUCCCGUGAAGAAAUGGAGAGGGACGCUCAUGCCGGCCGCUUCCUAGAAUAUGGAGAGCACAAUGGACAUUUAUAUGGAACUCAUCUUGAUUCCAUAAGAGCAGUUAUCAAAGAGGGUAAAAUGUGCAUCCUGGACUGCGCGCCCCAAUCCCUAAAACUUCUGCACAACAGCAGCGAAUUCCUGCCGUAUGUCGUGAUGAUCGGUGCGCCGGGCAUCGAACAACUGCGGAACCUAACUUACGCCUCGAACAGGAACCUAACAUUCGACCGGCAGAGCUCCAUCCGGUAUAGUUCAAGGCGCGCGCGUACUCUGGAAUCGCUCGCAUCGCUUUACGAGGAAGAAGACAUGAAGCAAACUUUAGAAGAAAGCGCCCGCAUGCAGCGAACCUACGAGAAGUACAUCGACCUAGUAAUAAUCAACAAUAAUUUAGACACGACAUAUUCAAAAAUAAUGGACGCCCUACAUUCGCUGUCAACUGACCACCAAUGGGUGCCAGUCAGUUGGAUUUAU